ACACACAUUCACAAACAAUGAGGUUCCUCACCACUCACCACUCAGCACAUCCAAACUAACACAACUCCCCUCAAUCCGACCAUCCGACCAUAGCCAUGGACCCCCAAGACACCCAGGAAUCAUCCAUCAAAAAGCGAGGUCCCAAGCCCCUCCAAUCCUCCAAUCGCAAAACCCAAUACCUAAUCCUCUACAACUUUGUUUCCUCACUCCUCUGGCUCGUCGUCCUAGGCCGAGUGCUCCUCCUUAUACCACUUGUUGGUUUCGGCCGCCUGUAUCCGGGAGUCGGUCAAUUUGUAAAAUGGACACAGACAAUGGCACUUUUGGAGGUGGUACAUGCAGCGACUGGUUUGUUUUCCUCUCAUCUACAUGUGCGGCUGAGAAAGUGUAAAGUGUCAUGCUAAUAUUGGAUACCGAUAGGAGUUGUCCGGGCCCCUAUUAGCACAACCGGUAUGCAAGUAGCCAGUCGCCUACUCCUCGUUUGGUUCAUUGUGAAUCCAUUUCCUUGGGUUGCGAAGAGUGCUGGAUAUUCAUCUAUGCUUGUUGCGUGGAGUGUCACGGAAGUCAUUCGCUACUCUUACUUUGUUAUUACGCUCAGCGGCUACAAACCAGCUAUUGUCACUUGGUUUCGAUACAAUACCUUUUUUGUUUUAUAUCCUUUGGGGAUCAGCAGCGAGUGUUGGUUGAUAUAUAAAUCUAUUGAGCCUGCCGGGGAUGUGUAUGGAUCGCUGUAUCCUUUAGCUUUGAAGCUGAUUCUCCUGAUUUAUAUUCCUGGUAUGUUAUGUAUGGUGAUUGUGUUGGUCAGAUGGAUGCUAAUGAAUACGUAGGCUCGUAUAUUUUGUUCACGCACAUGAUCAAGCAAAGGAGCAAAGUUUUCCGAGCACAGCGAGAGGCAUCGAAAAACGAAUAAAGCUUCACAUCAGGAUAGAGGAUAGAUCAUAGAUCACAUAGAGUUUAAGACAUUCACACAACAAGCGUACAUUACCAAUCUAUAUAAAAUAUACAUUUACAAUAUAAAACCAGUC